AUGAACAACAUCAAGGCUACCAAGGCUAUCAAUGAGCAAGAGUUGAAACUGGGGAUUAAAGCCUCUUGGCAUGAUGACUAUAAGGACAGCGCGUAUAUCUACAUCGGCGGGCUCGAUACAGGACUAACGGAGGGAGAUAUCAUCACAAUCUUUUCUCAGUAUGGCGAGCCGGUGGACAUCAACCUACCAAAAGAGAAGUCUGGGCCACUUCCUUCGGAUAAACCGGGUGACGCGCCAUCCGGGUCAACUUCGAAGAAGCCCAAGUCGCGGGGGUUCUGUUUCCUGAUGUACGAAAACCAACUCUCGACGAACCUGGCAGUGGAUAACCUCAAUGGAGCCAUCGUCCUUGGCCGGACCCUGCGAGUCGACCAUUGUAAGAACUACAAGCAGCUCGAGCGGAACCAGGAGGGUAAGGUGGUUGAGCGGGAUGCCGAUCUCGGCGAGCGAUUGAAUGCGCGACCAGAGCUCCAUAUCCAAUCUCGGCAAACAGCUGAAGACGACGAUCUUGGGAGCCAUCGGGCUGACUCGAUCGACCCCGAGGAUCCUAUGGCCGGUUAUCUAUUGGAACAACGUCGCAAACGUCGCAAGAAGCACAAAAAUUAG